AUGAAAAUGCUCACAAGGUUUUCUUGCCUUGUAUUACAUUCUCUCAAACCAAGAGCCUUUUUCCAAUAUUCACAGAAAAGAGCAAAACAAGUUAAGCUUGCGUGCAAGCUCCCUACGCAUGCUUCCUCAUUUAAUUAUCAUCAUUUAGAUUCAUUAAAGGUGAGCAUCAAACCAGCUCUAGCCGAGGACUUUGUAAUACCUAAAGAUGCUGAAGAUACCGACUUGGAACAGUAUAUUGCUCCUCACAUUAACUUUAAAUGCAUUUCGGAUUCUGGAGUUCGGACGUUCAUUACCAAAUUACAUGAAGUUGUGAGAAAUAGUUCUAAAAAGUUUUACAAAGGAGAAACUCUUACCGAAUCACUUUUAGAUGACCUACUUUAUAUCGACAACCACCUGGAUAUUUUUAAACCAGGCAAUGAAUACGGAGAACCACAACUCGCUAUAGAAAUUUUAUCAAGCGGAGAUGAAAAUUCAUGUCCUUAUUAUGAUAAAAAACUGGGUUAUUAUAAAGAUCAGACCGUAUUCGUCAUUCGUGUUAUUUCAACACAUGUCACAUUUUAUAAAGCUAUGAUCCCUGCUAGAUAUUGGAAUGAGCUUGAAAAUGGCUAUCCAGAAAAACAGUCAAUUGAAAUUCUAAAGUGGCCAGCUAUAAAUCUUGAGGAUUCUAGUUUUGAUCUUGCUGUGCCAAAUGGAAGGAAAAAAGUUUUAUCCUCAUUAAUCAACAUCCAUCUAUCUCUUUUGCAAUCAAUAAGAAAUAACUAG